CUAAUUAUUAAGGUUGUGGAUUGACAUGUGUUGCAGGUUAAUUUCCAACUAGACCACAACUAACUGUCUUUCUCUCCCACUUCCCUCUAUCUGUCUCUCUACAAUUUCAUACCCACCCUUCCUAAAUUCUUACUCUCUUAUCAAUCUUAUAUAUCAAUUCCAACUGUCACCACCACGCUUAAACGCACCAUUUCAAUUAGCGUUGUUCAUCUUCUUCAAUGUACGUCUUCAUUAACAGUCAUCUCAGUUUCAUUACUUCCCUCAUAAUUUUCUCCCCAACAUGUUUGGCUUUGUCUUCUUCGGCUGGCGAAAAGCUUCCAAAUGUAAAAAGUUGAUCAAACAGGUUCAAUGCCGUCUCAAGCUUCUGAACAACAAAAAGAGUGUAAUUACAAAGCAAUUGAGAGAAGAUAUUGUGCAACUCUUUCAAAAUGGCUACCAUCAAACUGCCUUCAAUAGGGUUGAGCAGGUUCUGAAAGAUGAAACCAGAAUGGCAGCUUAUGAGAUUUUGGACAAUUUCUGUGAAUUUAUACUCUUAAAUCUCUCCUACAUACGCAAACACAAGGACUGUCCUAAUGAUGUUAAUGAAGCAGUUUCAAGCCUGUUGUUUGCCUCAGCUAGAUGUGGGGAUCUUCCUGAGCUGCACCUUAUAAGGAAACUGUUUGGAGAACGUUAUGGUCGUAAUUUUGAAACUACUGCGGUUGAGCUCAAUCCAGGCAAUCUUGUAAAUCUUCAGAUUAAAGAAAAGCUCUCAAUAACUUCUGUGUCGGAUGACGAUAAACAGAGAAUGAUCAAUGAAAUCCUUAGAGAUCGCCUCCAACCUGAGUUUUUAGCUCUUGAAUACCGUUCAGAUUGGCACCAAAAUCAAGUUCAUGAUGAUGAAAAGGCAGAGCAACACAAAAAGCAAGCUGUAAAUGCUGAUGAGACAAAAAAGGAAGACUUGCAUUAUUCUAAUUCAGUAACAAGCACCUCUUCUGAAUGUUUGCCUCAGUUCCCCGAAGAAAGGAUUGUUUAUCUUGAUGAUGUGGUUGAGCUUUGUUCCUCCACCACAACAGAAGGAGAUCAAAGACUGUUCAAAUUUAAAACAACCCCAACUUUGUCAAAGAGAGAGAUUAGCAAAGAAAAUUAUCACAACCAAAUUGAUGUUAUUCAAAGUGAAUCUUGGAGUGACAAUGAGAAUUCAAGCUCAAAAACCUCUGUUGAAGGAUCAAAAAAGAGGUUUGUGACAGAGGGAAAACCUAAAACAGAGAAUGAUAAUGAUAUUGAAAAAGAUAACCAUGAAAAAUCUCCAUGGAAGCAGGGGAAAAGAGAGAAUUAUUGGGCUUCAGAAGAAACAACAGACAAGGAAAAGGAAUGGGCAAAUUUUUACAAGAAACCGAGGAGGAGGAGGAGGAGGAGAAAGAGUAGGGAGUCACCUCCAAGUUCUGACCUGAAAUUUACAACAUAUGAUGGCUACAAUUCCAGCAUAAACAACAAGAAAGUUGAAGCAAAUUGUCAAAAGAUGGAUGUCAAAAAAGAGGGACUUUAUUUAAGGGCAGUGACAAUGCCAAGAGAACGACCAAAAGAGAGGCAGAAAGAAGUGAGUUUUGCUCGUACAAUUUCAUGCCCUUAUAAGCAACCAAGCCAUGUUCAUCCAAAGUUGCCAGAUUAUGAUGAUAUUGCAGCAAAGUUCAUAGCUUUGAAAAGAGAACGCCUCCAAAAUAACACUCUUAAACCUUAGUUUUGGACCAAUUCUCUUAAAAAACAUAACUUUUAGUUUAAUUAAAGUAGCAAAAGGGUAUUUGUUUCCCUGAAAAUGAUGUAAAAAUAUGAGGAUGGUUGUAGAUUGUACAUUCGUGUAGUUGAAGGAAUUAAAUGAUGAAAGCGUAGGCCAAGACGAAUUGCAAUGGGUGUGGCUUGUAAGGCAAGUAGUGAAUGAAACAUAUUUAUUUGGUAGAACAAUGGGAGGGAAUGUUUGAACUUGAUUCAAUACAAAAUUGUGGAAGUGGGAACAAUUUUGUCAUACUCCAUUAGGAAUAUGGACCAAAAAAAAAAAAGAGUGAUGAUGAUAAAAGUGUACUGGCCAUGUGUUUUUUUUUUUUUUCCAAUUAUUUUUAUUAUUUUACAUCUUUAUU